AACGGGAAUGGGCCCAAGCUUUUUGUUUGCGCUGGCAUCGCGUGAAACAGUUGCAAGCCUUUGAACGAUCAGCGACGACGCUAAAAACUUUUGCGCGGAUAUAUUUUGUUUCUUAGUGCAGACGCCUCCUUCUCGCCAACGUCGCCGCCGACGCCUGUGCAAACAUCAACAACAACAACCAAAAACAACUACAAACACAUACAGUUUUACAGUGCGUCAUAGUCAAUUUGAAUAACACUUCUGUUUUUUCUGUUGUAAGUUGGACCACGCGGUUUAUUGUUUUGCUUCAGUUAAAACUAUAUUCUAAUCGCUUCCAUUUUCUUUGAGCCGAAAGCUGUGAAUCGACAAACAAAAGAAUUUGGCGCUUGCGCCUUAAUCAAUUUGGCAAAUCAAACAGCGAGGUGAAAUUACAGAACCCGUGACAGUGAAAGUAGCAGAAGUAUUUUCAGCAUAAAAAUCAUAAAAAUCCUUUUAUCAGUCAAAUCCGCAUCAGUUGCAACAAUAAUCUGCUUCUCAAGUAACAGUGAAAAGUGCAUUUAAGCAGUUUGAAUCCUUAUAAAAAUCUUUUUUGUUGCAUAUUUUUUAUUGUUUGCGACUAGCAAGCGUGUUUCUGUGUUUUUAAUGAAAGUGUCUUUAGACAGCAGCAGCAGUUUUAACGACAUUUUUAACAGGAAGGCUUAGUAGCUACUAAGAAGCAACUUUGUUUAUGUGCUUUGUUUGGAAUAAUCUAGUUUCCAGCCUUCAAAAACAAAAAAAGCAAAUACAAUUGCUGUACGCCUCAAAAUUACAACGCCAACAAAAAGAACGGAAGCAGCAGCAGCAACUGCAGCAGCAGAAGCUAAAAUGCUAACGGACAUGACACCGACCGCCGGUCAAUUGUAUGGCUCGCAGAUUCCAGCUAUGGCGGGCAUGAACAUUACUAACAUAGCGACACAUUUGCAGAAGCCGCAAGUAAAUCCGGAUCAUCCCAGCUUAAGAGGUACUCCGCUAGCCAUGCUGGCCGCCCAGUGCAAUAAGCUGUCGAACAAAUCACCACCGCCGCUAGCUGAUGCGGCCGUUGGCAAGGGGUUCCAUCCCUGGAAGAAGAGCCCACACUCCCCUGCAGCAGGUAGCACUGGCGCACCCGGUGGCGGCGCAUCGAGCCUUAGCGGUAGCAGCAGCGUCGGACAGCACUCCCCAUGCGCAAUCUCAGCAGCAAGCUCGUCUAGCUCCACUGGCAGUGGAAGUGGAGGAGGAGGUGGCGGAGGCCAAACAUCACGCAGCCUCCCGUCCAGUGCUAACAGCGGCACCAUGGUGAACAUCACUGCUAGCAUAUAUCCUUACAGUCGUCCGCUCGCCUCGUCUUGCGCGGCCGUGGGCACCUCGGCCUCCGCAUACGGCAGUGAUUUGUACUUUCCCAACACAUCCACAUCGACAGGCAGCAUGGUGGCGGACAAUCAUCACAUGCAUCAGGGGCUUUUGGGCAAAGUUGAAGGAGCCGCCUUUGGUUCAGUCUACUCGCGCCACCCGUAUGAUUGGCCGUUCAAUGCAGUGACCGCAUCUGCGCACAAGGCCGCUGAGGCAGCUAGUGUCAACUCGGGCUGGUGGGAUAUGCACAGCGCUGCCGCCGCCGGUAGCUGGCUGGACAUGGGAAGCGCUGCGGCCGCUGGAAUGCACUCGACAAUGGCCAACUAUGCAAGCGCUGCGGCUGCGGGUACAGAUUACAGUUCUGCAUUGUCGCACUCUCUUUCGAAUACGGCACAUUUAUUGGGAUCCGGACAGCACUUACUGCAGGAUACAUAUAAAAGUAUGCUGCCAGGCCAGGGCGUAGGUGGCUUUUCGCUACCACACAGCUCACCUUCAGCGGCAGCCACUGCGGCUUCGCCACAAGCUUCAACCCCAUCAACACCUUCGCCGCGUUCUCAGCGACGAUAUGCGGGCCGUGCAACUUGCGAUUGCCCAAACUGUCAAGAGGCGGAGCGCUUAGGACCAGCUGGCGUGCACCUACGUAAGAAGAACAUCCACUCCUGCCAUAUACCUGGUUGCGGAAAAGUUUACGGCAAAACGUCUCAUCUGAAGGCACAUUUGCGGUGGCACACCGGCGAGCGUCCCUUUGUGUGCAACUGGCUGUUCUGCGGCAAGCGUUUCACACGCUCCGACGAGCUGCAGCGGCAUUUGAGGACGCAUACUGGCGAGAAGCGCUUUGCUUGCCCAGUGUGCAACAAGCGUUUUAUGCGCAGCGACCAUCUGGCAAAGCACGUAAAGACGCAUAACGGCACAGUGCCCAAUGGCAUUAAAAAGGGCUCCUCGGAGUCGUGCAGCGACUCUGAGGAGGCAGCCAAUCAGUCGGGUGAGUCGAACGGGUUGGGCGGCGCGUCCAGUGGCCAACAGACGGGCGCAGGUGGUGGCGGCGGGGGUGGCUCCGCCAGCUCCAGCUCCGGCUCCGGCAGCGCUGGCUCCGGUGCAGGCAACAGAGCUGGCAGCCAUCCCGGCACCCCAACCUCGCUGCAUGCGCAUAGCGCCUCCAGCACGUCCAGCAGUCUGCUGGGCGGCGGUCUGCACCUGGCCACGCCGCACCAGAUGGUCGCCGCGGGCGGCUCGCCGGUGAUGCUGCAUCAACAUCAGCAGCAACAGCACCAGCAGCACUCGCAUCAAUCAGCACAUCAGCAACAGCAGCAGCAACAACAAUUCUCGCAGCAGCAAUCACAUCCACAUGCGCACCUACAUCAUCAUCAUCAUCUGGUAGGUGCAUCAGCACCUAGUCCUGGUCUGGAUCAUCGACUGGAUCAUAGCGCGUUAGUCGACAUUAAGCCACCGAUGGUUUGAGGGUCGCUGGGACCCUUUUUGUUUACCAAUUGAGCAGAAAUGGGUUCCCAGACGCAGUUUAAAAUGAAGCUGCCAUGCGGGCAGCAUUGGGCAGAAUCAUAGUUAAUAAGAGUGGUUGCACACAAACGAUACAUUAAUAACAUAUAACAAAUUGUUCCGUGAAAUUCGGAUU